UAUAAAUAUGCAAAUAAAUAAAUAAGAUAAAUAAUUGAGAAAAAAAUCCCUUUUUAUACAGUUUCGUAAAAUCUCCACUCUCUGGAUUUCUUCACAGCUCGUAUUUAUCCGCCGGAAAAUCCCUUCGCAAUUGCAGAAGCGUAUUUUUGCCCGGUGAUUUCUUCGAUCGAGAUAGAUUCAGAUCUAAGUAGGUGGGAUGGUGGUCAGAAUCAGAUGAGAACAACUGGUUUUAUUGGUAGUGGAAGGAGGAGGUUUUUUUUUUUCUAUUCUUCAGCUUCUGGAGAUAGUAACCGAUUGACUCUUCUUUUAUCGGGUCGGGAAAAAACGAGAAGGAACCCAUGAGAGUAGCGCCGUGGAGCCAGUACCAGUUGGUAGACCAAGAGACUGAUCCUUAUCCUGAUCUCCAGCUGGCUCCUGGGAAGAACCAGCUAGUCCGCGGGUGCGCCUCCUUUGUGUGCAUUGGUCGCCAUGCCGCUGGACGUGAAAAAUCUUUUCCUCUUAAAGUUGGACCGACUCAAAACCAAGAAGUUUUGCCGGAGCCUGUAGAUAUUGAUGAGAGUAAAGUUCAAGUGAAUUCUGUUGAUGAUCCAGUUAAUUACAAUGAAAAUAUUAGGGCGAUAGUUAGUCUUAAGAGCAGCCUGAAGAAGUCAGCAAAUAUUGGUCCGGUUGUUCGUGCUGCUGAUAGUGGAAACUCCAGCAAGCAUGAAGCGGACGCUGGUCCGUUGGAAAGGAGGAAAGUGCAGUGGACAGAUACAACUGGGGGAGAGCUUUUUGAGAUACGAGAAUUCGAGAUGAGGUGUAGUUCUAGAAAGCAAGGUUGUACGCUUAGGUUGAUCUGGUAUCUGCUUUCAUGCAAGGUAUUACUUUUAAGCUCAUCUUUUUUUAAAUGUCUUCAUACCAUAUGUACAAUUUAUGACAAAAGUAUAUACUUAUUAUGAUACAGCGCAUAUGGGUUCAAUUCUAGUGUAUCAAAUGCUGAAGCGGGUUUUAGUAUGGUUACUUUUAAAAACACAGCCAAACAAAUAUUUUAGAGAACUACUUUUCCAUACAUUAUAUUUAAUUCUGAAAUGCCUACUUCCACAUGGCCAUGAGUAUUUUCAAUGAAGACACAGUGAAUUGCAAACAUCACUCUUCAGUUUCCUGGAAGUUCGGUCAAUAUAAGGUAGAUAAGUUUUUUGGGUGAAUCAAUAGUAUACCUAUUGGAUUGUUCUUUGACAUGCUUUAGAAUGCUGAUCAUGAAGCCAACUUCAGUACUCAUAUAUCCCGGGUUCUUCAUCCAACUGUCGAUUUUGUCAAGUUUCAUGUCUUUCCAAAUUGGGGAAUGAAUACUUGAAGAUGCCCUUAUCUGCAUGUGUCUUCUCACUUUCCUCUUUCUAAUCAAGUGUGUAUUUUCUCAGUGAAGAUGGAUCGGGCGAUGAAUUUGAUUAUUUGACUACAAAGAGUUGCUCAUGCACAAUAAUGUAGUCUGCCAUGUUUCUGACUAUUAUACUAUGACAAGCCUUUCAUGUGUUACCUGAAGUCCGAGCAACCAAAGCACUGGUUUGAGCUCUGCUAGCCCUAUCAUCAGAUGACGGGAAAAUGGAAACUUUGAGGUAAUGCAAGAUGCCAUGGCGAUUCACUAGCCUGCUCUGAUCAUAUUCUUGCUUGCAUUCAGUUCUGGCGCUUUAGGAUAUAGUGUUUUUGAAGGUUAUAAUACCGUCUUUUGGCAUUCUUAUAUUGACAUCGGUGAUGAGUUAUUAUUUGUAUUUUGUAGUUGUCAAUAUGCAGUAGAGUAGUAUUUUAUUUGGAAAGCUGGGUAUAUUUUGCUUUGAUUGAUGCUAUGGCUAAGAGUGACAUGUACAAUUUUUUCCUUUUCUUUUGGGAAAACCUUUCCUUCAUUUUAAAA